UUGAUUGAUUGAUAUAGCAUCAAGUUUUGGUAGCUAGCAAUGGCUACUUCUUCAAUAUCUUAUUGUUUCAGUGUUGCCUUUGUAUUUCUUGUUGCAUUGGAUAUUCUCAGCUUCCACGUCAUGACUGCUUCAGGUCAAGUAGCCAACGACACUGACCAGAUUCAGUUUGCGUUGAACUUGGAAUUCUUGGAGGCUGAGUUUUUUCUGCAUGGUGCUCUUGGCAAAGGGCUCGACGAUAUCAGUCCAAAUUUGGCUCAAGGAGGUCCGCCUCCUGCUGGUGCUCGUAAGGCCAAUCUCGACAUUCUUGUUGCUCCGAUCAUUGAGGAAUUCGCUUAUCAAGAAGUUGGUCAUAUCAGAGCAAUUGUUCAAACAGUAGGAGGAUUUGCAAGGCCUCUGUUAAAUCUUAGCCGUCAGAAUUUCGCAAAAAUGUUUGACGAAGCAGUGGACUUCACUCUAAUACCUCCAUUUGACCCGUAUGCAAACACAGUCAACUAUUUGUUGGCAUCCUAUUUGAUCCCUUACGUUGGACUCACCGGUUAUGCUGGCACCCUUCCUAACCUCACCGCCCCUGCUUCUCGCGGAUUGGUUGCAUCACUUUUGGGUGUUGAGGCCGGACAAGAUGCAGUGAUACGCACACUACUGUAUGAAAGAGGGAAUCAGAUCGUGCUUCCAUAUUCUCUGACGGUGGCUGAGUUCACGAACCGAAUAUCGGAGCUGAGGAACAAGCUGGGCAAGAGUGGCAACAAAGAUGAAGGCAUCAGAGUACCCAUAACGCUUGGGGCUGAGAAUAAAACCACCAGUAACGUUCUGUCAGCAGAUAUGAAUUCGCUAUCGUAUGCAAGGACGCCACCUGAGAUCUUGCGGAUUGUGUACGGAACAGGCAAUGAAUCCCUGCACGGCGGAUUUUAUCCUCAAGGUGCAAAUGGCAAAAUUGCAAGAGGACCUGCGUUACCGUGGCUGGAGGACGUAUAGGAGGCUAGAAAUCAAUAUGAUACACUCACAAAUAAUCAGGGCUGCAAUUUUAAUUGCAGUGCGCGAUUAGAAUUUAAUAUAUAUGUAUGUCACCAUGAAUCUUGAGACUAUAAUAAAUAAAGUCUUGAUUCUUAUUCGACUAUGUAGUAAAUCUAAAUUAUAUCAAGAAUAAGAUAUGGCGCUCACUUAUUAA